GGGGGGGGGAGACAGACGCUGUUUCCUGACACCUGGCAAAUCAUGGCUGCAGCAGGGGGUUCGCUGGAGCUCGGAUAGGAGCACAAGAUACCACUCACUGACUUUGCUGCAAUGAAGAAAAUAUUGGGUUUUUUGCUGCUCGUAUUUGCUUUGGCCACGGCAUUUGCUCAUGAAAGAGGACUCUUCUUCAAUCUGAAUAAUGGAGAGAUGUGUGCACAAAGUGUCCAGUGCAAAAGUAAGUGCUGUCACAGACACAGUGGGUUAAGUCUGGCUCGUUGUGCAGACAAAGCAGCUGAGAACCAGAAGUGCUCCCUUAAGCACAUCGUGGGGGUUUACUACGAAUGUCCCUGUGAGAAUGGCUUAUCCUGUGAUGCUGAUAGGACAAUUGUAGGGAGCAUCACCAACAGUGACUUUGGCGUCUGUUAUGACCCAUCAAGAAAAUAAAAGAUUGUUUUGAAAUGUUUUAAUUGUCUAAUGGUUUUAAACUGUUUAUUUGGUUUUGUAUUGAUUGUUUUUAAAUGAUCGAGUCGCAGGUUUGGUUUGGUUCCUGUGCACAGCCUUAAUAAAUAAAUAAAAAGUGAACGAGAAAGCAUGUUAAAGAAA